UCAGUUAAUUCAUUUCAGUGACCCGUUCAUAUGAGCUACUGUUGUGUGUUCGCGAACUACACCACUCUAUUCCAGAAUUUCAACGUGUACAUACUAACUUUUGCAAACGUAAAGUGUAAAACGUGAAAAAUUAAAUAUGUCGUCGACUAGAAAGUAUAGCUGCAUAUGGAUGCAUUUCAUGGAAGACGGUCGAACAAGGGCAAAAUGCAAUUAUUGUCAAGCUUCUCUCAGCAUUGCUGGAGGAUCAAAUGGGAACUUAUCCAGACACAUGAAAAAAAAGCAUUCACAUAUAGUGUUGGAUCCUGAAAAACAUAAAACGGAACCUGAGGAAUUUCUAAAUGAAGAUGCAAUCUCAGCAUUGCCUUCAUCAAGUGCUCAAUCGGUUCGUCAAAAAAUUGUCAAAAACAAUUGUUCAAUCAUGAAUUCAGCAAUUACAGAUACCAUGUCUUCGCGUUCUUACAAAUCAGCAUCAGCACCGCCCAGCCAUAUGGCUACAAGAACAACCGAUUGGAGCUGUGGAAAUGUUUCCUUUUGUUUUCAAGCCCAAAGAAGGGUUUAUGUCCUGAAUUGUAUGUUCUGCUCCCAGGUUUGCUUACAUUGGGAUUCCUUUAUAAAUCAUAUGGAACAGGAACAUGAUGAAGAUCUUUGCUCUGAACAUUUGAUGCAAAAGGAGCCACCAGCAGUAAAUAUAGAACACGACUAUCGCAUUGCUACAAAAAGACGCAAAACAAAUACAUCGAACACAUCUGACAAUAAUCGUGAUGGGGAUGAUCGUUUAUCGAAUAAAGCAGAUUUCAAUUCUGAUCCGCUAAUUGCAACUCAUGAUGUUACCCGCUUUCCCGAAAACGUGAGCAUUAAAACAGAAUCAGCAAUGGAAAUCAUUGAUGAGUAUGAAGAUACAAAUACUAUAUCAGAUAAAGAGGACGAGGCGAGCGUGACAUAUGAGGACGAGGCGGACAUUACUACCGACGAACAAACGGCAAAUUCGUACAAAGCGCAAACAACGGCAACAAAAUCAGACGUACAGGCUCUUAUGGACAAACUCGAUUUAGCACACCGUCUCAUUUAUCGCUUACUGGAUGAAGUAAAAUCGUUAAAAGGUCAGACAUCAACAACAGCAACUAACACACCUACAGUUACUAGCAGUCGCAAAAACCGUCAAUUUGAAAGGGGAGACGACUUUUUACAAUGUGAUCAAAAACGAUCACCCGAUCAACGUUUUAUGGGUUUUAUUACUGAACAACAAAAUUUAUAAAAAGUUGUUAAAAAACGUAUGUUCGAUUAUUCAACAUGGUGUUGGCAAGGUUCCAAUGUUAAGUUGGCCCUUAAAAGUGUUUACCACCAACUCUAUAAAAACGUAUAAAUGUAUGUAUUUCCAUUAUGUAUAUUUGUUUCAGAUGCCAACAAACAUAAACUUGUGUUAAUAAUAAAUGUUUAGACAAUAAAUGCAACCAUUA